AUGCAUAUGCCAAUGGGCUUCUGCUUAGGCAUUCUUCGACUGCGGGCAGUACCUUAUAAACAUGGUGAUGGCAUUUCACGACUGACCAGCUGGGCACAAGUUUUCACACUGUUCGGUCUCGGUAUCAUCGCCUGGGUCACUGCUUGGACCCACAUGGACGAGCAGUGCCGAUUGCAUGCGCUCAUCACUAGAAUUGAUCAGCAUCUUCGUGAAAUAGACGACAUACAAUUUGACUAUAAAUCGCUGCGAAGACGACUCUUUUGGCAAUUGGGUUUGCAACUGUUGAUCGCAUUUCCGUUGUCGAUGGUGAAUUGCAUCAUCAUUUUGCCCAAUGAAAUGGCAUUCUCCCCAUUUUCGACCUGCUACAUAUUCAUUUGUUUCAUGCCCAUCAGUGUUCUCAUCUUCAAGCAGUUCCAAUUCUACAAUCUAAUGCAUGUCUUGAAAACAAAAUUCGACUUGAUCAAUAAGAAACUGAGCAAAUUCAACCGAGAUACAUGUUUCAUCAGCGAGCGGAGGCAUAUAGUGACGGUGCGAAGAAGUAACUCGGUCAGUGAGGUGCCUCUGACCGCUGUGCCGACGGCUUCACAGAAAGCCGACAUGAUGAACGAGGAACCGAAGGCUGACCUCUUGCAUAAGCUGUUGACCAUUUAUUCAAAUGUUAGUGAUGGCAUCGACUUGGUGCUGCGCAUCUUCGGGUGGCAUCUGCUCUUUCUCACCGCCGUUUCCUUUGGCGUAAUCACCGUCCAAAGUUAUAAUUUGUUCUCUCUGAUAAGUCAUUCUUUGGUGAUAUCCACCUAUCACGUUGUAUUCAUUGUGUCUUGGAUCCUGGUGCAGGUCAUGGCAUUCGCAGUGAAUAUCUUAAUAUGCGGAAAGACAUCAAGAGUGAUGGAGACGACUAUUUCGAUUUUGCACAAAAUUCGCCUGUCUUCAAAUGAGACCCCAAACGCCUGUGUCUUCUACCAAAUUCUGCAGAUUUUCUCGAUGGAAGUCUUGCAGAGGAAACGAAAUUUUAACGCAGCGGGCUUCUUCGACAUGGACUACAAGCUGAUCACAUCGAUUAUUGCAUCGGCUACCACUUAUCUGGUCAUUAUAAUCCAAUUCCAUUUGACUAAUAUACCGGAUUGCCAUUUCCCCAAAUAAAAAUUGUGUCAAGCACUGAUGUUCAAGUUGCUGUGAAAAGGCCACACCCGCUGAGGAUAGA